CUGCCUUCAGCAGUGAGCACAAAGCCACAUUUCAAAGGAGACUGACAGAUUGUCCCCAGCUGCCAAAAGGAGAAUUCCUUUUUGGACGCCUUCUUGCCUCCUGUGAGUGGUGACCCAACCGACUGCAAGAAUGAAAUUCUUCAGCUUCCUGGGAGCAAUGGUCUUCUUCACCUUCAUGGUCUCCAGCUACUCUGAACAAAACCAAGUGAAUGUCCUCUGCUCGACAGAUUGGUUCAUGGUCACGGUUCACCCCUUCCUGCUGAAUAGUGAUGUCUACGUGCAUUUUUAUGAGGUGCAUUUGGGCCUGGGCUGUCCUCCCAACCAUGUUUACCCACACUUCUACGAGUUUACCUACCGCGUUACAGAAUGUGGCAUCCGCAUCAAGGCCAUCUCUCCAGAUGUAGUUAUCUACAGCUCUGAGAUUCACUAUAUCUCCAAGGCCACACCUUCUAGAUAUGUGAUCCCCGUGUCAUGCGCUGCCCCUCGACGGUCCCCUUGGCUCACUAAGCCCCACUCCGUGAAUGCUGCCAACAACAACAUGGCUGCGGCCCCGAAGAAUGAGACGAGCUACCAGGUGUUCAGCUUGCCAGAGCCUAGCCAGGGAUCCAACUGCAGCUGCCCACCUUCUGUCUUCAAUCAACAGAGCAUGUAAGCCCCACAUCAUGGGGCAGAGUCUUUGGGGGCCCAUCUUGUGUAGUCGUCUGACUCCACUGAUAUUUCUGGGGACUAAUGUGUUCACUCAGAUGAUAUGAGGAAACCCAUGUAGUGCCCAGAUUUGGGGGCUUUCUGAAAACUCUGUUUCUAGAAUUAGUCUGUAGCAUUUUCUACUGUCAGUCAAAUAAGUGCCAUUAUGGCUUUUUUUAGGGGAAUUUUGUGAAGGGCCAAUUCAUAUAUACCUGAUUACAACUUUCUUUUUUUACUAUUUUUGUAUCUUUUAAAAAAAAAUAAAAUAAAAUUCGGAUGGCA